AAAGGGAGAGGGCGAACCGUGAGAAGAAACUGGCUUCGCUCUGGGAACCCUUCCCCGUACGCAUCGGCACCGCGUACGGAGAACGCCGGUGACCGGCGGUGGAAGCGCACGCUUGACUGCAGGGUUCACGAACGCGCGGCGGAGGCUACAGCGGCAGAAGCAGCGCGCAGUUUUGUUCAAGAAGGGCCUCGCACCACUUACUGGGGGCUGCGAUGGAGUCUCAACAGGCCAACAUACUCGGCGGCACGGCUGCGGGCGGAAUAUCGUGGUUUCCGCAGCGUGAUCCCCGGACGGUAGGCUGGCCGCUGACCGGCAGCGCGCUGCCGGUGGCCAUCAUCACGGCCGCUUACGUCUACUUCGUCAAGGUCGCCGGACCUCGGUGGAUGUCGAGGCGCAAGCCGUACGACCUGCGCGGCUGCAUCCUCGUCUACAACAUGCUGGCCGCGCUGUUCACCGCAUUCUUUGUUGUGCGAUUCGCCAAGCUCGCCUACUGGGACCGCGGCUACACGUUCCUCAUGGACCUGGACGUCAGCAACGAGCCUUCGAGCCUGGAGAUCGUGCGCCUUUCGUGGUGGCUGUACCUGUUCAAGCUGUCCGAGCUGACCAGCACCGUGUUCUACGUCCUGCGAAGAAAGUACGAGCAGGUGACGACGCUGCACGUGGUGCACCACGUAAUCGUCGCCUGGAACGUCUGGAUCAACGUCACCUACGCCGCCCAGUCGCACACCAUGUUCGUCGUGUGCAUCAACGGAUUCGUCAAUGUGCUCUCGUACCUGUACUACUUCCUGGCGGCGCUCGGACCGGAGUACAAGAAGUGGCUCUGGUGGAAGCGCUAUCUGACCAUGGUGCAGAUAGUGCAGUUUGUGCUGUACUUUGUGCACGCCGUGUGCCUGCUUUUCGCCAAGGGAAACUACGUGCCCCUGUUCGUGUGGCUCGAGUUCGGACAGGCAGCGCUGUUCUUCUCGCUGUUCGUACUGUUCUACGUGAAGUUGUACACCAAGGACAAAGGGGGACCGUGCGGCCCUGUCAGAGCGGACUAGACGAACGCUUUUCGAGAAAGGCUCGGUUGCCUCGGAAAACAAAAGUUUGAAGUACGAGCCGCGACGUUUAGUGAGAAGUGUGUCAUCCGAGGCCCUCAUCCGUCAAGAGGCCCGGGAUGACCGCGAGAUUAAGUGGGACGAAUAAACACCACCGCUGGUCGGGGUUUCCUUGAUA